ACCCUAACCUCCCUGUGGUUUCCAACCCCACUCGCCGCAAGAGCACACUCUCACACACAUUCGCUGUUGUAGCAACAAUGGGUCGCGUUCGCACGAACACAGUGAAGAAAUCCUCACGACAAGUGAUCGAGAGGUACUACUCUCGCAUGACGCUGGAUUUCCACACUAACAAGAAGGUCCUCGAGGAGAUAGCACUCAUUCCCUCAAAGAGGCUUCGCAACAAGAUCGCAGGGUUCUCCACUCAUCUCAUGAAGCGGAUCCAGAAGGGUCCAGUGCGUGGCAUCUCCCUCAAACUGCAGGAAGAGGAGAGAGAACGCCGCAUGGAUUUCGUCCCCGAAGUCUCUGCCAUCAGAACCGAACAGAUCGAGGUCGACAAGGAAACCCUAGACAUGCUCGCUGCUCUUGGAAUGUCCGAAAUCCCCGGUGUCGUUCAGGUUGACCCUGUUACCGUUCAGGCGCCGCUAGGGUUCGGUCGCGGUGCUGGUGGAAGGAGGUAUUAGCCACCUUGUCGUUUUUUGAGACUGUUUUGGUCGUGUUGUCGUUUAGAGGACUAUUUAUUAUGCUUUGAAUUUUGCUUUAUAUUUUUUUAGUUUCGUUACGGUUUCGUAUUAUUGAACUUGUUUAAGUUAAAGUGUUUGUUAAUGGAAUUUCAUAUGUUUUACUUACGGUUUCAAUGGUAUGUUAGAUUAAUUUUUGUGAAAUGUUGGUUUGGGUUAUGCUCGUGAGGAAUCGGAAAUUUCACCCUCAUUUUGGAAUAUGGAAGUGUUAAGAUUUUAUGACUAUUUUGUUUGUUUAUUUGUUUGAAGUAAUGACUAUUAAUUAAAUAUCUGAGGCAAUGGGUUGAUAUUAGUGAGAGUUGGAGUGUAUGAGAAAAUGGUCUGAAAACAAAUCAUUCUAGUUCUCCAGAAUUCACUAUCUCUGCUUUUCAUUCCCUGUUCUGUGGAGAAUUUCAUGUUAGAUGUUAUGGGUGAUUUGAUUACUGAAAUGUAAUUUUGGUUCUAAAGUGCUAUUAAAUUUGUUGGCA